CUAUGUAACGGCAACAGGCAGACGGGCAAACGACAGUCAUCUGCUUAUCGCUGGACGUGCGGGAGGGGUGUGUUAUAUCUUGCUUUCGUGGAACUUGCUGUGACUCUGUCAAUUCCGAGUGCGCUUAUAUGCCAUGGAAUAAGGCUCCGCACGCCUUGUAGCAGUGUAGUUGUGUAACAUGUAGACGCUCGUAGCAACAAGGCUAGCACGUCACUGUCAUCGAUUGGUCGCGAAUGUAAAGUUAAACACAGCGCGAACUGACAACGUUGAAUAUCCAAAAAGCCACAGCAUCGGUUGGUACACUGCCAGCCGUCAUGCCAAAAAAGUUUUGACACCCAUGAGUUUUCUCGGCUGCGACAACAACAGCUUCGCUAUGAGGGGACUGCACCAGAUCCUGGUCGAAGUCAAACCUGAACUGAAACCGCUACCUGGCGUCGCUCUGCUGGCAAAGUCGCACGGCAUCAAAGUACCGCCUAAUGAUCGCUAUUCGUACGGGGUUGACUGCGAUGAGGUCUACCCAGGCAUAUUCGUCGGUGACGAGGGUGCCGCACGCAACAAGCACUACCUGCGUGGCCUAGGAGUGACCCAUGUUCUCAACACAGCAGAGGGUUCCCAGUUUGGUCAGGUGGACACGAGCCAGGCAUUUUAUAAUAGUCAUGGCAUUUCUUACUUGGGCCUACGCCUUGUUGACAUACCACAGGAAGACAUCGCAGCACACUUUGACAAAUGUGCCAACUUUAUUGAUGACUGCCUUGAGCACAAUGGUAAAGUGCUGGUUAACUGCCGCAUGGGAAUGUCGCGGUCUGCAACCAUAGCCAUUGCCUACUUGAUGAUCAAGAAAGGAAUGACUGUUGAUGAUGGCCUGCGCACCCUACGCAUGAACCGGGCAGUACGACCCAAUAAUGGCUUCCUUUUGCAACUUGUCCAACUGGAUGCAAAACUGCGCAGCUAAAGGAAGCUCUUCAACUAUUUUGGGGGGAUGCCUCUGUGUUUUAUUUUCAGCAGGGAAAUCGCCCAGCUUCUGUUCGGGAGGGAUGUCACACUGGCUUAUAUAUCAUCCAGCUGUUCACAUUGUUUGAGUGUCCCCUUUGGAUACCGUGUGACAUCCUAGUUGCCCAUACUUUACAGUGGCAUGUUCAGGGGCCUCCUCUUUCCAAAUAACUAGUGGUGUAGACGCUAGAAAAGUCACCUUUAUUCAUUACACCUGUGCAAAAACUUAUGUUGGAUGUUUACUGUUUUUGUAUUGGCUUUUUGCAUUGAAAUUGAAUUUCUCUGGAGCAAUGAAAAGCAAGGCAUGCUGUUGCUGGCUUGGACAAGAUUUGACAGUGCCGAGUAUCGUUUUGGCAUAUCUGGUAGUUUGCUGACUUGUUCCUUUUUCUGGCUGUUGCUGUGUUAAUUGUAGGCAGCUGUCACUAAAAAGUGAGUGUAUUUUGAUGUAGGCACUUCUUGCAGUAUGUUUGCUUGUCACUGUGGUGAAGUAAAAUGAGUAGGGGGCGCUUUUGUAAUUAUAGAACUUGUUCCUUUGUUUGUGUUAACAUUGUUCUUAGUAUGCAAGUAACUAUACCAUCAAAAGCUUAGCUGGCUUUGUGCGCCAAGUGAUUAUUGCCUCGCAGUUCUUGAACAUGGUAAAAUAUGCGACUAGCUUCUUCUCUUAUUCAGUAAUAUACGUCAGGGCCUUAUUAGUAUGUAGCAGACUCGCCGUGCAGACAAUCUAUUCUAGCAACGUGCUUGCUAUGAUACUGUGCCUGCAUCACACAGUAUUUGCAUCUGCUUGCAGAGAAUUUGAAGUGAUUUAUGGCAAUAAUGUAUGUUAUAACAUCUGCCCUUCAAAUUUUCUUGUAGUGUUUUCAUGUGCAGCUGAUGGUUGGGUCAUGUAAUUUACUGAUUGGGAAUAGAGUUGUGAGAAGACCUAAAUUGUCCGUUUCAGAUGUUUUGUUGUGGAAUUCCUGCAAAAUUUCCUACUUUUUGAAAAUCUCCAAUCGAAAUUGUAUGCAGUUGAACAAGAUUUCUUGGCAGUUCAAACUUUCUGACUUUCUGACUUUCUGCCUUUUGUAGACAAAUAUGACAGAAGUUGGCUUUAUAUAUUCUAGUAUUCUAAAUCUGCUUGCAAGGGGUCGUAAGCCAGGCCCUCCCUUGUGGAGUGCUGUAUCUUUAUUCCCUUCUCCUUCAUUUUAGUUACAGCUUAAAAAAUGAAAUAAAAGAAAUAUAAAAAUAAAUGCCCCCCCUUCACCACAAGUCUUCAAUUCCACCAUGCUUUCCCUGAUUUCGUUGCUCAUCUUGACUUAAUGGUCUAAGAAGUUUCUGCCUUCAACUUCUUGCCUAUGUUUGGUUUCAUAUGUUUAGAAGUGCUUGCAUUAAUUAAGCAACUUCAAAACUUUAGAGGUUUGUACAUUUUUCUGUUCUAGCAGAUCAGAAUUGAUUUAUUGAUAAAUUACUGUAAGCAUACUGUACAUGUAUACAUGUCAUGGAUAUCUUCAGAAUGGUUGUUUCAAGCUUCUCCUUCACAAAAUUUUAUGGCACAAAUCUUUCUUUAGCACCUGCAGAAGUGUCUGCAUGAUGUACUGCAAUAUAAUGUGUGUGUCAUGCAUGAAAUGUUUAUAAAAAUGCUGCACAUUUUAUAUUGACACUGAUUACAUUCUUGCUGCCUUCUGGUGAGGUCUGGGUGUACUUUGAGAAUUUCGACAUAUGGUAUGGAAUUUAUAGUUAAGAUAAAGUACUGGCAGUAAUGAUGAAAAUAUAUUUUAACUUGCUUUAUUCACAGGCCGAUUUCUAUAUUUGGCAAGCUGCUUUGCCCCGAGUGAUUUGCUAGCAUGCCCGAGUAAACAUGAAGUGCAGUGGUGAACUGCAAACUGUCCGAGGCUGGUUGGCUAUCUGUCUUGAGGGUCAAUUUCUGUGGUUGGCCAAUUCUGUGCCACAGAUCUCGCACCUUUUGCAACUUGCCUGUUUAAAGGUUUUGAUCCUCUGGUUUCAGACGUGAAUGCUCACUUUCAGUGGUUUGUAUAAGCAGGGGUAGUGCAUACUCUCUUUUAAUGCACAGUUAUUUGCACUGAACCUAAAAUUUUGCCUUCUGAUGCUGUAGUUCAAACACAGUGCUCCAUAUUUUGAAAUAUCACUUACGGCAACUUGAGGAGGACACUAAGAUAAAGUGAUAGCAUACAAAGUGGAUAUUUUCGGGAAAUGUGGAAGAAGCAUAGGUGCGCAUGUGUCCCCUUGGAUUUUUCAGUAGAGAUGAACACAAAGGCAAACUUUCAUCUGUCCUCUACAUAGUUGGCAAUGCUGUGUCCUCAUGAAAGUAUUCUUGCUAUUGUAGCCAAGUUGUGCCACUUCUAGUGGUACUGUAGUCACCUUUAUGCAAUACACAACUACGUCUGGAUAAUUUCAUAUAUACCUUUAGCCUGUCAUUAGCAAAUCGAGAGCAAGGAAAGCCGUUUGUUUUUCCAGGGAUUAUUGUGGAGUGAUCCAUUGUGAUCCUUCUAGCUUUAGUACAGAGUGCUGCGUUUCUGGUAAGUUGUGUACACCUAUAACUGUGGCAUACGAAUUUACAAAAAAAGAAAAACUUCUGCAUCCCUAACACAGUUGCUCUUUCUUUUUAUUGACAACCUAUUUAAUUGAUCUAAAUCUGCUUAUUGAAGUGUUUCAUGUUUUGUUGGGAAUGUUUAAUAUUUUUUAGACUAUAACAGCCAAGUAUGUCUACUGGGUAUUUCUCAUGUUUGUUAUUCAUUAUGGUUGUUUGUUGUGUUGUACGUAUUGCUUGGGCAUAAGCAGUAUAAAUGGUGUCUGAGCAAAGUGAUGAUAAUCCAAAGUGAGCAGUUGUUGAAAAGAAUGGCAGCCAAAAUGGAAACUAAUUAACCAUGGUUGCUGUAUGGAUAUGAUCUCUGGCGUGCUUUUAGAAGCAUUGUCUGUCUGCUGCUUUGCGUUUCUUAUACAACAAAAGAGAUGGAAGACAGCACUGACAUGCAAGUCUAGUCUGUGUUCUGUUAGGCAUUUCCUUGUUUUGAUGUACCGUUGUUGUACAAAAUAUUUUUAUAGGCUGUGAAGGAAGCCAGGUCUAUGGCCUUUAUCACAUGUUGCAUACGUGGAAGAAAAUUGCUGCCUAGUUUUCAUUCAUCAAAACUGUUUAUAUAUGUGGCACUGUUUUAUGUUGGUGUGUAAAGUCAAGAAUACUUUUAUCACAUUGUCACCUUCUUUAUUUGCCCUUUUUUGUGCAUUUUAAUCAAACUGCUCUUUUACCUUCUGUUCAGAGCUCGAUAGGCUGGAGCAGAAAGAAUAUCCUGCUUUUACUAGGUGCUGAAGGAUUUUAUCUUGCGUGUGUAUGUUACGAAUGUUGCUCCUUUAUGUAAGUUGAAGUCUACAUUGGCAACAAGAGAUGAUCUUGCAAGAUCAGAAACAUUAUACUACUUGCUAUUUUGCUCUUUUCUUAUGCUGAUGCCAGAACAUGUUAUCUUUACUGUGAGUGCUUGAAUAAGGGUACAUUUUAUUGCCAUUUUUAGUGCGCGCCUUAUUUCGUGACAUAUUCUGAAAGCGUUGCCAUGUGAGACAUUGAAUAAUUGCAAGUGAGUCGUAGCAAGCAGCAUCAUUUUGUUCUGUUAGCAUGGAAAUAGACAAAGGAAAUCUUCUGGAAAUAUUAAAUAAAAGUACCCAAAUAAUAGUAGAAAAAGAAACCUUCAGGAGGCGAAAAAACAAACGUCAAGCUACUGUUUUGCUGCACACCUGCAUGGAGUAGCAAGUGGGAUUUAAAUAUUUUUUUCCUUUCUUUUUUUCGUGCUUAUUUCAGUUACCUUGACAUACAUAGUGCAGCAUGACAGAAAUCUUUCAUUAUCCAGCUCGCAGGAGCACCAGCUGAUCUUCAAUUUUUCAGUGUUAGAUCGGCUGCAUCUGUUAUGCUAGCUAGCUCUUGCUGAGAGCAGGUGCAAGAUCUGCAUUCUUGUUUUGUAUUUUUCCCAUUCCUGAAAGUGCAAAGGUUAUCUAGCAUGAAGCAGUUGGAAUAUCGAGUAAUAGGUGUGUCACUUUGUCAAGUCAAGCGAGUAACUGUUACGGGUAAGGGGUGACCAUUGAAUACACUGUACAAAUGAGUCUUCGGGUUGCAAGUUGUCGGAGCUGAGUGGGAAUGUGGCACCAGGAGCCAUGAAGUUGCACCCUUGAAGGUCAGGAUGUCUAAUGGUAUGUAGAUAGUAUGUUUAGACGUGAAUUAAACUUCAGCUUGUAUUAAUAAGUAUUGAUGCACAUGCUUUGCUUUACAAAUAAGACUAAAUUAAGCAGCUUUACAAAGUUUUGCAGGAGUGCACUUAUGCUUGUGGAGAAAUAUUGCUUAAAAUCUUGUGGUAAAACUGAGUGUACAGACAUCAUUAAAAAAAAGAUAAAGUUGAAAGUUAUGGUACAAGACUUUUUAUAUAGCAAAUAUUGCAGUCUGAUAAAAUAGUUCCACAUAUAUGGAUCAUGCCAAAUGGUUACAAGUAUGGUAAUAUAAUUGAUUUCUUGAAUCGUGUACUAAAAGUGUGGUACCAGUUAAAUAUUUCAAAAAGUGCAUGGAAAUACUUUUGUAGCCUUUUAACGCGAGAGCGUUAAGGAGCUCAUGUCGCAGAAAAGCCGGUGUCGUCGGCGGCGUUGGCCAUGAGCGAUAAAUCCCAGCAGGCAUUUCAUGAAUAAAAAACAACUUGCAAGAUGGACUGGGUGGGAAUCGAACCAGGGUCUCCGGAGUGUGAGACAGAGACACUACCACUCAGCCACGAGUUCGAUGCUUCAAAGCGGUACAAAAGCGCCUCUAGUGAAUGCGGUGUUGCCUUAGAAACGAGCUGUUUCUAAGGCUCAGGCGUGCGUCGUUUGCUCAGGCACACCUUUCCUUGCCGCGCCGAACGCUGCGUUGCUCGACGCUCACCGCUUCCGAUGCGGGGUGCGUAGUCGCUGUGCCGUAGCCCAUCGUCUUACACCCCUUGGCGGGUCGACGGGAACGCUGUCGCGUUCCACUCUUGAAGGCGAAGCUUAAGGGUCCUCCAAUUUUUUCAGUUGAUCCUGUGAAUUGGAUGUUAUUUGCAAUUCUUUAGGAAAGUGCUUCUGCUGUGAUGUUUGGCACAUUGAGCAUUGUAGGCACCUUCAAGACCCUUUCAUGUCAUGUCUUUUCUAUCAUCCAUACGUCCAUGUGUUGCUGAUGUACUGUUAUGUGCUUAAUUAACACCCACAAAAUUGGUUCAUAUUGUCAUAACAGAUGCAUGGAAAUGUUUUAAAAUAUUUUUCUCUCAGGUUUUCUACGUAUACGCAAGUCCAAUUGGUUAAAGCCUGUUUCAUUUUGCAGCUAGGGGAAACUUCCAUGCCAUUAGUGAAGAGUAACUAAUGGAGUGUCUAAUGUGAUGCUAUUGAUGUACUUUAGAAGAGUUAACUGCUGGGCUAGUUGGUGAUCUUGCAUACUGAAAAGAUUUUGCGCCAAAAAACACAACGUCUUGUCGUCUUUCUUGUGUGUGUUGUGUUUUUUGGCGUAAAAUCUUUUCAGGAUGCUAUUGAUAUUUGCAGUUGAGCAACCACAAAAAAUACCAUGAUGUGGACUUGUUAGUGACUGCAAGCAUGUUCAUAUUCUGUAGUUAUAUAUUUGCUGUUCCCUUUAAACUCUUCUGGUGUAUCAUUCAAUUCCUAUGCUGGGAAAAUAGUGGUUGUCACCACUUGUGCCUGGCAGCUCCUACAGGUUAACAUGUGUAAUGGUGUUUGCACAGUUACAUGUUAGAAUUGUCCUUUGUAUUCAGUUCAAAUUGUUGCACAAGCCAUUGUUUAUGUAAAGUGUAUCUAGAAAGAGUUCCAUUGAAUGUGUUGCCACAUUGGCUCAAUUGUAGGAAUUGCAGGCUUUCACGCUAAUUUAUUGCUCAGCAGUGAGUCACAUACACCAUCUAAGACAACUACCUAGAUGCAACUUUGGUUGCACUCCUUGUUUUCAAGGAGGUUGAGCAGCCCAGGACUUGCUAAAAUCAUUUUGUGAUUCAUAUCUUGAAUGAAAAGAAGUGUGAAUUUACUGAAAAAUAAUUGGGAAUGUGUAUUGCAGUACGCUUUCAGUGCGCACUGGUAAACAGGAGGACAUAACAAAGUUUUGACAAAGCCAAUUGUUCAGAUAUAUUUUCGUUUCAGCGGCAUGGGGCUUGUUGUCAGAGAAUAAAGUUUGUAACGACAGACAGUUUACAAUGAGCUCACUUUCCAUUUCUUCUCACAAAUUUCCAUUCAAUUGUGUAUGUGAAGAUGUUUUGUACUGUUAUGCAUUUCCCAGGAGACUGCGACAACAAAGACCCUGUUGAACCUAGCAUUUAUGACAGGUGGCAUUGUAGAAACAAGCUUCACUGUGACAGGUGCUUGGUAAAAUGGCAGUCUUUAAAAGUAGGUUAGAAAUAUAACAUAUAGUAACAAUUUUUUGGUAUACUCUUGUGGAAGUUACUAGUAAUUUGAAACCUACUUUCUGGAUACACCUUUUAUGUUGUAUGCUGAACUGGUUCACAUUAAACAUUCAGUACAUGAAGUAUAUUCAUUUAUAUUUACUUGUUAAACAGCUGUUUAAACACGGUUUCAACAGUUGUUUAAACAAGGUGGUCUGCAUCAGUGCUGCCUAAGAUUUGGCACAUGUGAAGCUCCAGGUCUUGAUAACCAAGACUUGUACUAGUGCAGAUACAUACUUGUGAAUCAGACGUACAAAUAUUGAGGCAUUCAAAUGUGGAUGAGCAUCAUAUAGGAGUUCAUGCGUUACAUGUACAAGUUGUUUCAAGUAACCACCUCUAGUCCGUGUUAUAUUUCUUCGAAAGAAACCCAGGCACUGAGCACAGCUGUGUUGCGAGUGAGAAGACCACCCUUUAUGUCAACUAACAGCUGCUGGCAUCAUGAUUCUGGUGUAUUCAAGGAUUGUAGCGGUUUAUCCUUAGCAGCGACUAUUUUUACUGCGGCGUCAGACAUAUGGAUGGGAUGCAAAUGCAUUGCACAGAGCUAGUCAUGUAGAUAAAGCAUACUCUAGGUUUCGUACAAAAGCAAUUUUUUUCUACAACUUGUGCAAGGAUAGCUAUUGCAUAUUUUUGCCCAUUACUCUAAGCAACGCUUGGAAAGCAAGUUAAGCAUUUCCAUUUUGCAAAGUACAAAUGCAUAGUUUUGCAUCAAGCAGAUGUAACAAAGUACACGAAGGGCAUUUUUGCUGCUUUUAUUGCCAAUGUGCACCGCCAGUGCGUGACAGUGCUGCAGCUGUGCAAGUGAACUUCCCUUGCAACUGUGAUGUGCACACUGUGAAGCAUGUUGUGGUGUCUUGUUGUUGCCUGGUCUGUGUGCACAGACAUAGUUGUAAUUGCACUAUACAGAUGCACUGUCAGUUGGUUGCCCCCCAUGCUUCUGAAUAGUAUCACCUAUGCUGUGCUUAUUUGUUCUUGAUGGCACAGUGACCCACUGUCUGCUAGUACAUAUUGUGGAGGUACAAAGACUUGUAUAUGUGCAUGCAGUAUGCAUUGCCCAAAGGAAUGUUUGCAACAGUGUAUUUCAGUAGAAAUAAACUUACUGCAACUAUUGA